AUGCUGCACGAGAAGGACAUUAUCGCGGCGUCGAAGGCGCACCCUAAACCGGACAUUAAGUAUACAUAUGGUACGGCUGGUUUCCGGACAAAGGCCGAUAUUCUCGACAGUACCUGUUUCCGUAUCGGACUGGUCGCGGCCCUUCGUAGUCUGGUGAAGGAAGGGCGCUUCAUCGGUGUAAUGAUUACCGCAUCGCAUAACCCUGAGGAGGACAACGGUGUGAAGAUUGUCGACACACGUGGCGAAAUGCUCGCACCCGAGUGGGAAGGCAUCUGCUCGCAAGUCGCCAAUGCGCCGAGUGAUGAGGCAGUGGUGCUGGAGCUGACGAAGAUCGUGCACGAGCACCGCCUGGAUACGUCGAUGACGCCCCGUAUUGUAUUUGGCUACGACACACGUCCCUCCUCGUCGAGGCUUGUGAAGGCGAUGCUUGAUGGUCUGCAUGCCAUGCACGCUGAGAUCGUUGACGGCGGUAUGCUGACUACGCCGCAGCUGCACUAUCUUGUGCUGGCACACAACACCCAAGCGACGGAUCACCCGUACGGCCACCCUGAUGAGAUGGGCUACUACAAGAAGCUGGCGGGCGCCUUCCAGGAACUGCUUGGCGGCCAGAAAGUCAAGCUCCCGGUCGUUGUGGACUGUGCCAACGGUGUAGGCGCCAAGGCCAUGCAGGGCCUGCUUGAUCUGCUUCCAAAAGACCUUGUAGACGUCACACUCUUGCGUACGGACGUCGGCAAAACGGGCGCAUUGAACAACGGAUGCGGUGCCGACUUUGUCAAGACGAACCAGCGCAUGCCGCUGGGCUACGAGAACGAGCCGAGUGUCAAGGAAGACACGCUGCUGUGCUCGUUUGAUGGCGAUGCGGACCGUAUUGUGUUCUAUUACCUGACGGGCCCAGCCAGCAAGCCAGAGAGCUUCCAUCUGCUCGACGGUGACAAGAUUGCUACGUUGGCGACCGACUACCUCGCGACGCUUUGCAAGGCAGCUAAGCUCGAUAUCAAACUGGGCUGUGUGCAGACGGCGUACGCGAAUGGCGCCUCGACAGAGUACCUGGCCAAGCGCGUGCCCAUUACGUGCACCAAGACCGGUGUGAAGCACCUCCACCAUGCAGCUGAGCGGCACGAUAUCGGUGUGUACUUUGAGGCGAAUGGCCACGGUACGGUCCUCUUCUCGCCGUACACCAUGGUCAUGAUCGAUAUGGCGAACCGCCUUGCGAAGGAAGGCUGCCAGGACUCGCUGCACAAGCUGCGCACGCUGCCGAUUCUGAUCAACCAGGCGGUGGGUGACGCCAUUUCCGACUUGCUGCUGGUGCUCUAUAUCCUUACGAUGAAUGGCUGGGAUGCAUACUUGUGGGACAGCUGCUACGAGGAUCUACCGAACCGCUUGGCCAAGAUCCAAGUGCCCGAUCGCUUUGUGUUCCAGACGAGCGAUGCAGAGCGUCGCUUGGAUCAGCCGCACGGUCUGCAAGACAAGAUCGAUGCCGUGGUCAAGAGGACGCCGAAUGGCCGUGCCUUUGUGCGUCCGAGUGGCACAGAGGAUGUGGUCCGUAUUUAUGCCGAGGCCAGGACGCCCGAUGACGUCGAGGCGCUUCUCAACUCGGUGUGUGAUCUGGUGAAGUCGGCUGUGUAA